CUGUAGUGGAAGCAACCUCACAGCAAGUUUAACAAUUGAUAUCAUUGAGUCAGACACACAGAGGGAUUUUUCUUUUUAAAGUCUAACUGCUUCAGUGGAAUACAGAGUAGAGCAUAUGGAGACAAACUACAGAGAAACACUGCAGGCCGACUUUGAUGCAUUUGAUAUAUCCGAAGAGCUUGGAUUUAUUCUUGAAGAGCCACUGACUCAUCUCCCAGAUUAUUAUCGGGUGUGGUUGGACUUGGCAAAUAACCUGACACAAUUGAUUGAGUCUCGUAAACUGCGAGAACUUGUCCAUAAGAUGCCAGUUUUGAGUCCCCACCUUUUAAAUAACCACCGGGAGCUUAGGCUGGCCCACCUUGCCCUGGGGUUCAUCAGUAUGGGAUAUGUAUGGCAGGAGGGACAACAUGAGCCUGCACAGAUUCUCCCCAAAGCCCUGGCCUGGCCUUACUGGUUAAUAUCCCGCAGACUUGGCCUUCCACCAAUCCUGACCUAUGCAGAUUCAGUUUUAGCCAACUGGAAAUUAAAGGAUCCCACAGGGGAUAUGGAGAUUGGGAACAUGGACUUGAUAUUUUCCUUUCCUGGAGGGGAGAGUUGCAGGGGAUUUUUUACGGUGUCAUUGCUAGUAGAAAUGGCUGCCAGUACAGGCAUAAAGGGGGCCCUGGAGGUAAUGCACGCCAUGAAGAUAUCAGACCUAAUCGGCAUACAGAAAGGACUAAACAAAGUAACACAGUCUUUGAAGAAGAUGAAGGAAACCUUUCAACUCAUGCACAAUCACGUGGAGCCAAACGCAUUUCAUGGAACUUUGAGAAUUUUUGUCUCAGGGUGGAGAGAUAACCCAAUGCUUCCCCGAGGUCUGCUGUACGAAGGUGUUAGCAAUGAGCCUAUUUUGCUGUCAGGUGGAAGUGCAGCUCAGAGCUCAGCCAUUCAGUGCUUUGAUGCUUUGCUAUGCAUUCAACAUGAGGGUGAGACAGGAGCCUUCCUGACACGCAUGAGAGAUUACAUGCCCCCUGCACACCGUCAGCUGAUUGAAACUCUGUCUGUCUGUCCGUCGCUACGAGAUUUCAUUACGACCUGCUCCAGCUCUGACCUGUGCCAGGCCUACAACUCCUGUGUCUCUGCACUGGUGGAUUUACGAAGCUAUCACCUAAAUACUGUGGCCAAGUAUGUCAUUGUACCUGGUAACCAUGCCAGAUCCAUGGGCUGCCCUCUCAGAGGGGUAGGUACUGCCCUCAACAGCACUGGAACUGGUGGCUCUAAUCUCAUGGUCUUCCUCAAGAGUGUUCGUAACACCACCCAAAGAGCACUGAUCUUAGAAAGACCAAAACAUCAAGAGAAACAUGAAUGGAAUGCUGCAAAAUAAAAUAUAGACAAUACAAAACUAUUUUUAUAAAUUGUAUUUAUGAAGAAAAUUAUCAAAAAUAUAUAUUUACAAGUAUCUGCAGGAAUUUUCAAAUGUGACAGUUAUAUUUGUCAAUUCUUGCCUCAGUGAACUCUUCAUGCACUGCAAUACAGAUGGACGUUUGGAGCAUCAGAGGUAACUGUUAUAAAUUUCAAGAAGAGGAACUGAACAGCUGAACUUCUCAUUUAGCAACUGUAAGCUUGAAAAACAGCAUCAACGUCAUCCCAGUGGUAUGACCACAUUAAAACAGAGCAUUUUUUUAUUGCUUGCGCUUAACUUGGGCUGUUAUUUUCUCAAAGCUUAUCCAUUGCAAUGUACUAAAUAUAAACCUUAGAGAGCCUCAUGAAUUAAAUUCUGAUUUGAAAGCAGAUUAAUUAAUUCUUAAUAAACAGCCUUUUAAUUUGUUGUCACUUGAA